CAGGUCGCUUGCUACACCGACGGGCAGCGCUAUGUCGAGCACUACGACGGCGUCGACCCGCACAGCGAUGCGGGGCGUGCCUUUUGCGCGAGUGGCGGGCAGCGCAUCGUGACGGUGCUCAUGUACCUCAACCAGCCCGAGGCGGGCGGGGGCACCCUCUUCCGCAAGUUGGGCCUCGAGAUCAAGCCGAGCAAGGGCAUGGCCGCGAUCUUCUUUCCAGGCUUCCUCAACGGCGAGCUCGACCACGACGCGCUGCACGCAGGGCUGCCGCCCUUGGGCACCAAGUGGGUGGCGCAGGUUUGGAUCCGACAAUGGCUACGGGAAGACGGCCAGCCGUCAGCGCCCGCCGCCGCCGAGGAGCAGAUCCUCACAGGGCCGCUGCACGAGGGCAUCUACCGCGGCCACUGCUUGGCGGGUGACGACGUGUUUGCCGCCAGCAUGACUUUUGAAGAGGCCAAGGCAUGGGCAGCCUGUCACGCGGGCGUUGAGGGCCGCAUACUCUGA